CUCUUACAUUUGUAUUGGCAGUUUGUCUCCCGGAACAAUCACCAAUUGUGAAAAGAAGUAUUCUGAUAUUGACUGUGAAGCAUAUCAAAGUAACGCAACACAAUAACGUAGAAGAAUCCAUCCCAUCCGCUCUAGCAUCAUGAAUCUCAAGUCCGAAGUCUUUUUAUCCGUGGUGGCGUAUUCUCUCUGCUCCGGCACCUUGGUGCUCUUGAACAAGCUUACACUGCACCACUUACCUUACCCUUCUCUCGUUGUCUCAUUUCAACUCCUUGCUGCAUUGAUCUUCAUCUACGGCGCGAAGCAUACCGGAAGACUCCAAGUCGACGCACUAGAAUGGCAAUACGUCUUACCGUAUUUGUUCUACAUUUUGCUCUUCUCCGUUGGCGUCUUCUGCAACAUGAAGUCUUUGUCGAUGUCCAACGUUGAAACUGUUAUCGUCUUCCGGGCACUCUCACCCUGCAUUGUCGCCUUUCUCGACGUGCUGUUUCUCGGGCGCGAAUAUCCCAGUCUACAGUCCUGGACUGGUUUGAGUUUGAUUGCCUUAGGGGCGUACGGCUACGCCAGUUUUGACGCACAAUUUCAGACGCAAGGCUUGGCGGCCUACGCCUGGCCCGGAUUGUACUUGUUCAUUAUCAGUCUGGAAAUGGCUUACGGGAAGCGUAUUAUCCAAAGCGUUAACCUGAAGACGCUCAGCGGACCAGUGCUCUACACGAACUUGCUCGGGUUGCCGCCCAUGCUCAUGUUUGCCGCGAUGGGACAUGAGUAUCGUUCUUUCGUCUACGACCACAUGGUUGAGCAGAAACCUGUUGGAGGUGUUGCCGUGUCGCUGUUGUUGUUGGGAUGUGCGGCCGGAACUGGUAUUGGGUACGCCGGCUGGUGGUGUCGGGGCAACGUCUCUGCAACCUCUUUUACAUUAAUUGGCGUGAUCAACAAGUGUUUGACGAUCUUAUUGAACGUCAUGAUUUGGGACCAGCAUGCCCCGCCCAAGGGUAUCCUGAGUCUCGCCCUGUGUCUCGUCGGUGGGUCUAUUUACCGCCAGUCGCCCUUGCGCAAUAACACUCUAAAAACGUCAUCAUCAGUAGCCGUCGACGAUGGAGAUGACAAGAACGGAAGAGACGACAGCGACAGCGUAGCAACAGAUGCAGAAGAUAUCAAUGAGCAAGUCGAAUUGUUGGAAGCAGAGAAAGGCAUGAAACGCCGUUCUUAGAGGAUGCGUUGACAGUGGAUAACGACCACUAUUUUCCUCAAGGUCAACCUCAUUGAUAUAGAACAGCAACGUGUUUUCUUUCAUGCUUUAAAUUCCUAUCUUGCAGCUAUC